UCUCGUGGAGUCGAGGAACGGCAGCAGCCUCUACGACUCGAGCCACGCCGGCAGGUGUAUCGCAAGAAGAUGCCCGUGACGGUUCCCCACUGCCCGCGGCUGCUGCUGCUGCUCUUGCCGUCGCUGCUGCUGCUCUUGGCGCUCGUCCCGCUGCCGUGCGGCGCCAGAGUCCGGCCCGGCGUGGGGGCCGGGGACACGAGCGGCGCCCGCGCGGAGCCGUUCGGCUCGGAUCUGCUGUCGCAGCUCGGCAAGUUGGACCCCCGCUGCUGGGAGCUGUCGUCGCUGGCCAUGCGCGAGCUGGGGGGCACUCGGGUGGCUGCGCUGCGCCCGGCGCCCGGGGGCGGGGGCCUGUGGGAUGCCAUGGUGCGGCUGCGUCUAUCCGGCGACCCACAGCAGGCCAGCAUGUUCUGGGAGCUGGCGCAGCUGUUCUGGGACGUGUAUGUGGACUGCGUGCUGUCGCAGUCGCAUGGCCUCGGCAGACGCCGGAGGAUCAGCGACGAUUUCACCACCAAGCAGCCUGCCGUGCCCGGGGCCAUCACGGGUGCGUUGACCAGCAAGUGGCGCCAGCUCUCGAAGCCCAGCAGACUCCAGCGACAUCAGCGCACCAACGCAUUCUAACAACCCUUUACCUUCGUCGGCGCAACCGACGCGUCGUUAACGUCCAAUGGGGCCGUCCAUAAAUGACAUCACGCGAAUUUGGCCGAUUUUUUACCCCCCCCCCUCUCCCACUCGUCACACGGGGUCACAAAAAGUCAGAACCCCCUGAAAUAUUACGUCACAAAGCUCUG